UGUUCACAAACAAAGUCCGUUUCUCCAGUUUUAUUUUAUAUUUUUCAUAAAAGAGACAAGCUUAAAGUUAACAACGAAUCAGAAUGGAACCCUGGAUAACCCUAACCUGUGUGAUGACGAUCUUUCUGGUCCACGGUCGCACCGGGAGUAUAAGAAAUGGACUCACUGCGCUGGGCCUACACAACCACACACAUGGCAUGGCCAUGGACUUGUGGCCGGCUCACUCGAUUGUGCCCGAGUCCUACUGCAGUGUUUUGCUACACAGGCUGCAGGGCUCAGAGUGCCCUUUUCUGCGACUAUUCGUUCACGUCUUCCUAGCACUGCCCAUCUACAACUUGAUGUUGAUUGUGAUUUGCUGGCAGCUUAACAGAAGCGCGUCCCAUAACGCGGAGCGAAUCGUAGUGGUUCUGCAGCCCAUCAUUCCAAUGUCGCCUCCCGAUCCACCCGCUACGAUGACACCAACAACGCCAGCUCUGCCGCCUCUGCCACCGCCUCGUUGCAAGCGGCGUCAAGCGCCUAAGCCGCCGCCGCGUAUUGUGCAGCCCACGCUAAGCCACGCCAAUGGCUAUCCUAGUCAAAGGGACCCCUUUUACAAUCCGGAUCAAUACAAGACCCUACGUAGAAAUCUAAAGCGAGUGUUAGAGGGACUACAGCAGCCAGUGCCCACAGCCACGAUUUCCUCGUUGCCAUUGCCGUUGUGCAGUAUCUCGUGCCUGACCGACGACUCCAUCCAUUCCUCGUCGACUAUUACGAAUCUCGAAGCGCCCAAGAAGAAAGCAAAGACUCGAAAAUUAUUUGGUUCGCUGUUCAAGCGGUUGACCAAGCCCUUUGUAAGAAAGCGCAAUCCUACGCAGGACGAUGAAAUAAAGUCGAGCACAAAGAGCGCUAGCAGACUCAGCGACAAGAGCGGCAUAUUUCAUCCCAUUUGGCUGCGCAUAAAGAUGCGUUCCAAGCGCAAAACUGGUGCCAAGCUGCCCUUGAGUAGCUCCGAAUCGAUAAGCACCAAUGGCAGCUCGCAGUGCCUAUACUCCUAGGAGCACGGGUAGCCUU